UGAACGACUAAAACAAUAAAAUUUACUCAGCGAGGAAAAACUCCACUGUCCGUUUUAAACCUAUUAAGUAAUUACCUGGGUGAAUCAAAGAUCUGCCACUAUAGUGAACGAAAAUCUCAAUUUCUCAAUGAAGACCACUUGAUCCACUCAUGCAUUGGAAAUCGUAAGUGACGACUAUUAUUUCGAAGUUUGCGCCACAGCGAUGGAUAUGGCCAAUCCUCUUACUUCUGUCAUGGAUUUAAUGCGGCGUCUACCGCCUCAAAAGAUUAAUCAUACUUUGGUGGAUGUAAUCUCACUUAAACCAGAACAUUGUGAAGAUAUUUUAAGCUCAGUGGAUCAACCUUUAAAGAUCGCGAGAGAUGUCCAUGCUGAUCGUGAUUAUUUAUUAUGCGAUUAUAACAGAGAUGGUGAUUCUUAUCGAUCACCUUGGUCAAAUACCUAUGACCCACCACUAGAAGAUGGAGCUAUGCCAAGCGAAAGUCUUCGUAAACGAGAAAUAGAAAUUAAUACAGCUUUUGAUCAAUACAGAGAAAUGUAUUAUGAGGGAGGGAUAUCUUCAGUUUACUUAUGGGAUAUGGACCAUGGAUUCGCUGGUGUUAUUCUGAUAAAAAAAGCUGGUAAUGCUAAGUUGGCUAGCGGUUGUUGGGAUUCAAUACAUGUUAUUGAUGUUGUUGAAAGGCCUUCCGCUAAAAUAUCCUUAUAUAAGCUUACAAGUACCGUUAUGUUAUGGCUUCAAACUCAACGAGAAUCUGCAGGUUAUUUCAAUCUAGGUGGUAGUCUUUCAAGAUUCAGUGAACGUGAACUUCCCUUGGGGGACUCAGGUGUUCCAAUAACUACGUCACAUAUUGUUAAUAUUGGACGUAUGGUAGAAGAUGUUGAAAACUCAAUCCGCUCAACGCUCAACGAAGUAUAUUUCGGUACAACUAAGAAUAUUGUUGAUUCAUUACGUUCUAUCGUACCUGCCUCAGAAGAGGAAAAACGUCGGCGCUUAGUUCAAGAAGUACACACAGCUUUACAAAAUAAGUCCCAGUCAUAGAUAGGCUUCAUCUCAUCACAUUUAGCUCUAAUAUGCGCUGAUAACUUUUUGAUUUUUUUUCUUAAAUACUGAAUAUUUAAAGAAUGCUCAGUGUUUCUUUUAAAUGAUUACAAUCCCUCUUAUAUGCGCUAUUCAGUUGCGUGGUUUUUAUUUGUGGUAUUUGUAAACUUCAGCGCGUGUGGAACUUACAAAACGUUUUCCAUUGUUAGAAAAACUUCACAUCGGUUAUUCACUUAUAUGUCGCUUUUUUAUAAGAUCAUUCCUGUUAACAAUAUUUUUUGAAGUCAACUUUGAAGAUAACCUCAAAUACGUGUAUUUCAUAAUUCUACUUUAGUAUUUUCACCAUGCAAAACAGAAUCAUCACUGGCCCUUCCUUUUGUUAACGAUGGUUAGUGAUAAUUUGUUUUUAAAACUAUUAUUGACCUUACUGCACAAUUGGAGUUCGGAAACUAUUAGACUAAUCAUGUUCCACUCAUCUUUGUUUUCUGUGCUUAGUUUUGAUAUACCUAUAGUUAUUGGCUUGUAUUGUCAUUGCGAGGGUUUCCAACGUGUUUUCAUCACAGUAUUUUGAAUAAAACUGAUUUUUAACGUUUGUC